AUGUCAAGGACAAAGCAAACAGCUUCGAAAGCACUUGGGGGAAAGGCUCCAAGGAAGGGGAUAUCUGCGAAGUCGAUUCCGUCGUCUGGAUGCUCGCCUGCCAUGCCCAAGAGAACAAGAUUCAAGGCCGGAGCUCUUGCAUUAAAGGAGAUAAGGAAGUACCAGAAGAGCACCGAUCUACUGAUAAGAAAGAGACCAUUCCAGAGGAUGGUUCGGGAUCUAUGCAAGGGAAGGGAAGGUGUAAGAUUCCAGGCUUCUGCAAUUGUUGCGUUCCAGGAGGCGGUCGAAAAUUUCUUGACAAGUCUUAUGGAGGAUGCCUAUAGAUGUGUUCUUCAUGCCAAGAGAGUUACCCUGAUGCCAAAGGACAUCUGCCUUGUGUAUAAGAUAAAGUAUGCAAACAUUUUAUAUGCAGCUCUUGACUGA